CAAAAAGUGUGUGUGUGUCUCCAAUCAUCUUAAUUUGGAAAAGCAGCCUCUCAGAGAAUUCUCACUACAAAUUAAUACCAAAAAAAAUGUAAUAAAAAAUGUAUCCAAGAGGUAUGAUGAUGUUGUGACAUCCUUGGCUAUACUAUAUUCGAACCACUGACUUAUUUAUGUAAAUGCUAAGAACGUAGAAAUUAAUUUCAUCAAAGGGAUGUAUCUACGAAAUACUUGCCGAAUCAUUUUUCAAUACAGGUACAAUGCGGUGUUAUUGCUGCUGGUCAGUACCGUGAUUCUGGUGCACUAUAACUAUAGCAAGCUGGUAUUUGUCCAGUACGUACUCAGAAACACAGCUACAAUAGGGAACAAUGAGACUUCUACAUCAUUCCACUCUUCGACAUCAUCUUGGAGUGAAUCUAGUUCAGUUUGGAAGACAUGGACCUCACCCUUGACUGAUUCUCAGUCUCAAAAGAACGAUACCAACUCCACUUUAAAUGCAUUCAUUAAAACUACUACAGUAUUGAAUUUAUUAAAAAUAUCAAGCGAUAACCAACGAGUCACUGUGGGUCCCAAAGGAAUACCAGACAAGCCAAGAUUUCAGAAAGUCAACGAUCAUGACGCCUGGCUCUUUUCAGCCUUCUUCGACAACUUCAACAACACAGACCUGAUCCGAGUGUUUGGCAUUCAACCAUUGCUGUUAAACACUUCAGUCUUUUGUCAUCUCGUGGAGGGGACUAGCACUUACGUCAUUGAAGGGACGAAGAAAGAUUUAUUUGACUGGCAUCGUAACAGAAGGCGAGUUUUCAGUUACGAGUGUCUGCUGAAUGAGACAAGUCGACCACAUAAUGUGUCCUUGACAUUUAAUGAAACAGACACGCCCACCAACAACCUCCUGGUUCUAUAUCCACAAGCCUUGCAGAGAAAUUUUACCGUCUGCUAUUCAAUGUUAUAUAACUACAAUACUCCUUACCAGUUGGUUCAGAACGUGGAGUUCAACAGAGUCCUUGGGGCGGAGCACUUCUUUCUGUACAGGGAGAGCGUCUCCAGCGCUGUAGACACUGUACUGAAACAUUAUCAGAGACAAGGCUUCUUGACCGUCAUAGAGUGGCCCAUUCCAGUUGGCGAAAUACAUUAUCACGGUCAGAUACUUUCACUCAACGACUGCGUGUAUCGCAACAGGGGUGUGUCCAGAUAUGUGGUCAUUCAAGACACUGACGAAUUUAUUAUUCCACACCAGAAUGACAACUGGACUGAACUUAUGGAGGUCUUAAACAAAGAGUUCGAACUAAGUAACAAAAGUCAAAGUGAGCAACUAGGGACAUAUAUCGUACAAAGCACAUUUUACCAACAGUCUCCGAAUUCUUCGGAAUGGGCGGAUAUAACCGGAAAUUUUUCGAUCAGUGACGAGGAAUUCAAAAUGUUUAAAAAGUUUUCGCUAACCGUGUUUUCAAAUUUAAAAAGAUUAAAAACUUUUUUCGUAGGCGGAAGACAGAAAUCAUUUGUCCGGCCGGAAACGGUUCUGUUCAACGAUAUACACACGCCGGACAAGAACAGGCCAUGUAUCGCCAACGUGACGGUCAGUACUGACGUGGCAGUGGUUCACCACCAUAGACGGUGGACCUCUUCUGCAGACUAUAAUUUAGACACUACAUCUUUGAAAUUUAAAGACCGGGUACUCCCUUUAAUCAACGAGACAAUUUUACUUCUCACUUUGUGAAAGUAUUUUGAGGAUAUGUUUCUUAAACUAAUGCAGAUUUAAGUUAAUUGGUGAAGAUUAUUUACAUAGGCAAGGGAAAUUACACAAGAAAGACAUUUAUUUACAAAUUAUAACCUGUAGUGCUAGCAAGUACUAUUUAAGUGUUUGCCAAAUUUAUAUUAGUACAUGUCUUUAUUAACAUAUGUAUGUAUAUAUUAUUUCUGCCUUUCCCGUUAUACUAAAGAAAACAUUUUUAUUAGUUAAUUGAGGCUAAAAAGGCACAGACAUAUACAUGUAGCAAGCAACCCCUUUCAAACAUUGGAAUAUAUAGGGCAGAUGAUUUUAAGGUCAUCUGUUUUCAUGGCCCAUAGUUAACAAGCAGGUUGUCAUGUGGCCAGCACAACGCCCAACCGCCUUUACUUUUGACAAGUUAAGUUAGGUACCCACUUGAGUUGGGUGGACUAGGGAGCUCCCUAAAAAUUAAGAAAUUCAAAAUCCCAGUUUUCACCGAGAUUCGUACCCAGGACCCCAAGCGCUUAACCCUCAACCCCCAAGCCCCCUUGGCUAGCAAGUAGACUAUAAUUAUAAUGAUAAAACAAAGGAGAUAAUAUCUAGAGAUAUCCUGAGACAACGACACUUGUUUAUACGCUUCAGGUUACAGUUUCAAUGUUGUCUCUAUGUUCAUAAAAGUUGUGAGCACUCGACGUGACUUAAUUUCGUGAAUCCAGGUGUGCGAUAGUUAAGUUGCAUGCAGGCCUAAACACUUUAUUUGACUAGACAUAUUGCCGUAUGCUUUAUGUUAACAGAGUAACAGAGGCGUUUCAGAGGGUCGGGUGAGGGAAGCAGAUGGCAAUGCGAAAACUUGGACAUGGUGUGAUCUGUUCCCGAUGUUUCUCUUUCAUUAGUAAUAACAGGGUAAGACUUUAACUUAAUGUUACUAUUAUAGCUUAAAGUUUUGUAAUCUGGAACUUAGUAGUCGAUUUGAGUGUUUGAAGGAGGAACUAGUAUUAAUUAAUUUCUAUAUCAUGCAACGAUCGGUGGUUGACCUCAGCAAAGUUGGCUAGUGGUUGUUAAGCCUGUAACGAGUGCUGUGGUGCUCUGUGGCCAGUGUCCUAGCAGUCCGUGCCGGUGUAAAGAUACACUAGCAAGAAGUGGGGCCAAGUUUCUUGUGGGAACUCAGUGAUCUGAGCUGAGCUAAUUUUCAGUAGACGUAGCAGAGGGGGGUUUGUUCUGAUUUUAAAGUUGGCCACGCUUAUAAACUUCAAUACAAUUGAACCAACGUUAAAAAUGUACUCAGUUAUACGGUAAUACAGCUUACUAAGCCAUGUUGAACUGCGACUUGAGGCGACUCAACGAUAUACACAUGUUUAUUGACAUAGGGAAAUCCUAACAUAAUAACACUGUCUGCCUUGAGUAAAGCCUCUUCAUAAGUUCUAGACUUCUAGGCGGAAGUUGCUUCUCUAAUGUCAACAUUCCUUCUCAGUCUAGUCUCUAACAGUGCGCACCUACUGCACUACUUGGAUGGCGGUGUGCAUGGCAGGGUUAAAACAAUAAUCUUAAUUACAUAUUUCAUAUUAAAAGAAGAUACUUAUGUUAAUUAAUCUAGCCUUGCAUGUUAAUUACAGAGUUAAACUCUGCUGUCAAUAGUUUACCUUGCUGAUUUCAGACAACCCAUUCCAUGCUCUAAGGCCAUUAGGGAAGGAGCGCUUGUACGGAUAUGUCCUAGCAUAUGGAAUAAGAAAUGCUCCUUUAACUGUAUGUUUUUCUGAGAACUUUGUUGAAGUGGUUUAUUUGUAUUUAUGAUUUACGGUCUAGUGUCUCAUGGAUUAUUACUGAUUUACUUUUUUUGGCCUUCUGUGCUAAUUCGUCUCUAAGUGAUUUAGUUAGUGGUGCUCACCUUCACCUAUCAUUUAGGACCGUUGAACCACUGGGGCACCACACACGAUCUGUCAACCGUCUUUGUCCAUAACUCUCUGUCCUUUACGUUGGUUAGAAUUUCAUUCAAUGACAGGCCUGUCGAUUCUUUGCUGUUGUCUUCUUUCCGCUUCCUCUGUCUUCCUCUUCUUUUUUUUCCUGGUAAAGUUCCCCUUUCAAACCUUGCGAUCUAAAGGUCAUCUGUUUCUGUGGCCCACUGUUGACAUGUUGCCAACACAAUUAAUAUCAAGUACCCAUUAGAGCUGGGCGAGAACGCUCAAAGACGCCAAAAGAAAUACAAAAUCCCAGUCUUCACCAGGAUUUGAAAGUCAACCGCUUUACCACUCAGCCACGAGCCUCUUCUCCAACUGUUUAAAUUGUACAGCUCUAUUAUACGACUAUUCUAGUUUCUUUAUGCUUUCUUGAGUUGAGGGGAUCUAACCAGAGGGCGUUUGUUCUUAUGUUGAUUUAAACAAUGUUAUAAAGCUUUUGAGUAUUAUGUUCAAGUUUGAAUUAUAAAAAAAAUCUUUUAAUAUACCAAAUGCUUUGUUUAAACAAAAUUUUCAGUAAGAAGAUUUCAUAAGAGCUUUUUGUAAUAAAGUGUAUGUCUGUGUUUCCAAGGUAACGACAAGGGAACGUUGGUUUUAGGUAGUGUAGAGUGAUGAAACCAUGAGCUGGUCUUAUAAUUUAUGUUAAUAGGUCAUCGUGGGGGGAUGAUAGUUUAACACAUGGGCGUAGCCAGGAUUUUUUUUCGGGG